AUGGAACUCGCAGCGGAUCACCCAGAUGGCAUGGUGCCGCAGCUUCCAAUGAAACUGACCCCCUCGUGGAAGACGAUAUGCAAGAACUGCUUGUAUUCUCUGUUGUUUGCGUCUGCAUUAUUUCUCUACAUUGUCAUAUCUAAAACUUGCUCGUGGAAUUGGCAUGGGGAACCUCAGGUACCCAUGCUGUCGUUGCCCCUUCAGACGAACUGGCGUCUGCUGAUUGCCCCCAAGGUAAGUUGUGCCGAAGAUCCCCCUUUUGCCGCUCUGAUGGCGAUGACAGGGGCUGCCGACUCUGAGGGGCGGAAGAUUGUGAGGAACACGUGGGGAGGGAUCAGCGAAAUAGCCAACAGGCGGAUCCGUUUAUUCUUCUUGUUGGGCACCGUUGGAUCUGAGGAGGUGCAGAAGGCAGUUGAGGAUGAGGCAGAGACAUACGGGGACAUUCUGCAACAUACGGCCCCUGACAAAUACACUACUCUUGCAGCGAAGGCAGCAACCAUGAUCCAGUGGGUGGCGGCAUCUUGCCCUGAGGCCAAGUUUGUAGUUAAGGCGGACACAGAUACUUUAGUGAACUUGGACGUGAUGAUUCCCUACUUGAUAAAAAUGGAAGUCAAGGGGGAUCUUGCCUUAGGGUUUCGGCUAGACCAUAUGCCUACCAUUAAUUCUCGGAAUUCACGAAACUACCAGGACCCUUUAGUAUUUCCGAGAAAGACAUUUCCACCUUAUCUUUCAGGCGCCUGCUAUAUUAUCUCGGGAAGUUUGCUUCAGAAAGUGGUGCAUGUCCUGCCGGAUGUGCCACGUGUCAGGAAUGAAGAUACAUUCGUAGGAAUGUGUUUAGAACGCCUUGGAAUUGAGCCUACCAACAUUGGACCAGAGGCGCCAAUCAACCCAUGCGGCUAUGAGCAACUGAGGCUUGCUUUACCUCCUGGGCCCACUGCGAAGCUAACAACAACAGCAGCAAUUGAGCCUCGCCGAAAGCAUCCGCUCAACAGCAACAGUGGCAGGAAUCCUUCAACAAGCCGGGUGAAGCAUCCGUUGUUUACAAGCGCCUGUUCAUCUUUUCCCCCAAAAGGUAAUAUGAAGCAGAACCAAUCGGGCCCCGGCUCGCCCGUGAGCGGGUCGCAGCCCAGCUCCGGCCCAAACACGGUGCGUUCUGUGAUCCCUGAGGCAACGUACUCUUUGAAUGCAGCAGGAAAAGUACCGGAGACUCGUCCUGCUCGUCUAAUUCUACGGCCUUAUGACGUCAGCACUACAGGUUACACAACCAUGGCCCCUAUGCAGCCCUCUCUGUCAGAAGGUCUGCAAUUCUACAGCGACCAAAUGGCUCCUCCCCCUCCUCUUAAGCAGCAGCCACAGCCUUUUUACCAGACGUCGCUCGAUGAACCCCCACUAAAAGGGAAAGGUGCCUAUUCUCAACCAACCAAGCCCCUCAUUAGCACGUUGCCCGCACUGCAGGAGCCACCCCAGCAUAUGCCAAUGGGCGUCGGGCGUGCCACAAUGCCCGUAAGUGCAUACGACUUACCCCCACCUCUGCUUGAAAACAAGUCACAGAAGGAACAAGCUUUUCUACGGGUCUGGAACGGAAUAGACCAUGCAGGAGCUGUUGCCACCUCUCGACUAGAGCGGGUUCCACUACCCAUGCUGGAGCGCAUUCCUGGUGGCCCCGGCCGCCUACGUCUUCAGGGGCCCCUGGUGAACAUCAAGUUGCCCGAGGUGCCCUCUGUAGAAGGAGACCUCCGUCGCUUCUGUCAGCGGAUUUUGACGGCUUUCAGUGGGGCUGCUGAGGACUGUCGCCGGCUCUUCGUCCCGUGCACUCAGUUGCGCCUCCCUAGGUUUGAUUCCUGCGCUCCCCAAACUCCAGCGCUCCAGGAAUGUAAAAGCUGCGGUUACAAAGGCCACUUCUGCCCUGAAUGUGGCACAGGAACGAACGGCCGCAGCAUGGCUGCCGAUGCGGCUCCGUUUGCUCGUGUGCAGCCAUCAAGAGGCGUACUGGUGGCACAAGAAGGAUGCUUGGAUCGGUGCAUGAGGUGGCACUGUUCUCUGUUUGAGGAGGUGGGGGAAGCCAUUGACCAGGAGCUUCUGUGCGACCGGGCGGGCAGCGUCUUCCGUGAGUGUGGAGAGUUUAUUGAUAACCUCGUAGCGGAAGGAAUUCACGCAAUCAGCUACAACUGUGCAAACAUCUGUGGUGCUAUACCCGGAAGAAGCCACACCUUGAUUGAAGGUUACCCCAUGUACGAGCCGGAACCUGAAUUCAUGCGCAAGGAGCGCCCGACGAGUGCCACAGGGAACGCAUGUGUGGACCAGGUCAACGCCUUUCUAGAUGCGUACUUGGUGGAACAGUCUAAAUUCAACCCAGACUUGCCUCCUCUUCCCAUUCCAGAUACACAGAAGACCGGCAACUGGAUUAUUGACGCCACCAAUGCUGCCCUAGACUACUGCCUACAAGACCGCACACCUCCGCCACCGCCGGCCCCCCGCAAGAAGUUUUGCCCAUUGGAAAAGCUGAUUCCUCCUUGCUGCCGAGAGCGGCCGCCAGUUGUGGUGCCUCCUCCAAAACAACCGAUGUGCCCGCUCCUGGAACGGUGCAUGGGCCGAGAACGCGACUGCCCUCACUGCCACCAACCUAUCCGUCCCUCUGGUGGCACAUGCCCCAAAGAGCAAAUUGGUGGAUGCCAAAUCCAGUUCUGCCCCCUUCGUGAGCCUGAAAUUACCGUCGUCCCCAAAGGCCCUGCUCUAGUGUAUCCCUAUAGCGAAGAAGAAUUCCAAGUGAGAGACCGGUCUGGGCUGGUGCCAAUGCUGGACGACCACGCCGAAGGAGUGCAGUUACCCCACAAAUUAGUCGUCACUGAGCCAGUGAUGUAA